UAUUGGGGAUGUCGUCAUUGGGUCAAAAUGAGGGUGCUCCUAGCUACUCAUGUUUAAAUACCCAAAACCCCAUUCAUGUCUUUCAAUCUGAUUCUAUUCGUUUUGAAUAGAGAGAUACAGUGUGCGUCUGUUGCAAAAGCUUCAUCUCUCUAUCAUUCUAACUGAUAUAGUAAUGGCGCCAGAUCAGAAAACCUUCGUCUUCAGUGAGGUCUCGAAGCACAACAAAACUCUGGAUUGCUGGGUUAUCAUCUCCGGAAAGGUUUUUGAUGUAACUCCAUUUAUGGAAGAUCACCCUGGAGGUAGUGAAGUGCUACUAGCAGCAACUGGUAAAGAUGCUACGAAUGAUUUUGAAGAUGUUGGACACAGUGAAGAAGCUAGAGAUCUGAUGGACAAAUAUUACAUUGGUAAGAUCGACAAAUCAACUGUUCCAGCAAAACGUCAAUACGUUUUAUCUGAAAAUCAGAAUUACAGCUCAAACAAGAGUGGAUUCAUCGUCAAGAUAUUACAGUUUUUGGUGCCUUUUAUGAUUUUGGGAUUAGGUUUUGCAGUCAGAGCUUACACCAAAGAGAAAUCUGAUUGAUUUUAUGUCGUGUAGUUUAAUAAAAAUGCAUCAUUGGAUUAUUCAAAUUACAAUUUAGUGGUGCAAAAAUAUUUUGGGCAAAUUUGUAUUGCAAGAGGCCUUUUGUGAAAAUCAAAAUGUGGUCUUAUAUAUAA